UAGCAGGAGCUGUGAAAGAUUGUUACCGAAGGGGGAGUAACAUUUGUUAUCCUCGUGGAAUAAUAACCUUAUUUUAUUUUUAGAAAGGAAAGACACCACAGUCUUAAGAUUCAAUACUGUCUACAUUGUACAGUUUGAACGCAAAUUAAAGCCAUGUCGGAGGACCUGAGCUCCCAACCUUGGUCCAUCAACAAAGAUGAUUAUGAGCUGCAGGAGGUGAUUGGGAGUGGUGCGACGGCGGUUGUCCAGGCAGCCUACUGUGUGCCCAGGAAGGAGAAGGUGGCCAUUAAGCGCAUUAACCUGGAGAAAUGUCAGACCAGCAUGGACGAACUCUUGAAGGAGAUCCAGGCCAUGAGCCAGUGCCACCACCCCAACAUUGUGUCCUACUACACCUCCUUCGUAGUGAAAGAUGAGCUGUGGCUGGUGAUGAAGCUGCUCAGCGGUGGCUCCGUGCUGGACGUCAUUAAGUACAUUAUAUCCCGGGGGGAGCACAAGACUGGCGUGCUUGACGAGGCCAGCAUCGCCACCAUACUGAAGGAGGUGCUGGAGGGCCUGGAGUACCUGCAUAAGAACGGCCAAAUCCACAGGGACGUGAAGGCCGGUAACAUCCUGCUGGGAGAGGAUGGCUCUGUGCAGAUUGCAGACUUUGGCGUCAGUGCCUUCUUAGCCACAGGGGGUGACAUCACCAGAAACAAGGUGCGAAAGACAUUUGUGGGAACCCCCUGUUGGAUGGCCCCAGAGGUGAUGGAGCAGGUCCGGGGUUAUGACUUCAAAGCGGAUAUCUGGAGUUUUGGAAUUACAGCAAUCGAGCUGGCAACUGGAGCUGCCCCCUAUCACAAAUACCCCCCCAUGAAGGUGCUCAUGCUGACCCUGCAGAAUGACCCGCCUUGCCUGGAGACCGGCGUCACCGACAAAGAGAUGGUGAAGAAGUAUGGCAAGUCCUUCAGGAAGAUGAUCUCCCUUUGCCUGCAGAAGGACCCUGAGAAAAGACCAACCGCUGCAGAACUCCUAAAGCACAAAUUCUUCACAAAAGCAAAGAACAAUGAAUAUUUACAAGAAAAGCUGAUCCAAAGGGCGCCGACAAUAGGAGAACGAUCCAAAAAGGUGCGCAGGGUUCCAGGCUCCAGCGGAAGGCUGCAUAAGACGGAGGAUGGCGAGUGGGAGUGGAGUGAUGAUGAGCUGGAUGUGGAGAGCGAGGAGGGCAAGGCCGCAGUGGCAGCGCUGCGGUCACCCAGAGUGAAGGAGGGAUCACAGAAUUCAGAGGUUUUUCCAUCAACAGAGCCAAGUAGUCAUCUUCAGCCUUCAGCCCAAGGCCCAGCCCACCUACCUCAGCCUGCCGGCCCAGCCCCCCCCCCAGCAAAUCCUCCACCCGCUGCCCAGGCUGCAGCCCCGGCCCCAGACCCAGCCCCAGGCCCAUCCACUGCCCCGGCUGCUGUCCCUGCGUAUGACGCCACCAAGUCUCCCAUUAGCUUGGUAUUAAGGUUGAGAAACUUGAAGAAGGAGCUAAACGACAUACGAUUUGAGUUCAUGCCUGGAAGAGACACAGCGGAUGGGGUCUCUCAGGAACUCGUGUCUGCAGGCCUGGUGGACGGGAGGGACUUAGUAAUAGUUGCUGCCAAUUUGCAGAAGAUUGUCGAUGAGCCUCAAACGCACAGAAAUGUCACGUUCAAGCUGGCUUCCGGUGUGGAGGGCUCUGAGAUUCCAGAUGACGUUAAACUAAUGGGAUUUGCACAGCUCAGCAUUAGUUAGACCGUAGUACAACCAGGGACCCAACAAGAAACAGUAUGGCACACGUGUGCAUUUAAUCGACUUUCAUUGGCCUAAAGAAACCACUACUGCCAAAGAGAGAGAAUGCGUCAUCACCUAUAGGAAGCAGAACCAUUGAAUAGGAUUGUGCAUUGGAAACGCAAUGCAGAGUGUAGGAAUCACACUAAAAGGUUUACAUGUGUUUAUGCAGAAGGACGCAAUCAUCCAAACUUACCCACCUGGUGUUUCCUUAGUUUCUGUUUUUCUUUCUUUCUUUUCUUUGUAAUUUAAGAUGUUGUUUGCACAAUCUGAACUGACUCCUGCAAAUCCUGGUAAUGUAAAAUGCCUUAUUUUUUGACAGUACUACUGAGCAAAUGAUGGGUCGUCCCCCCAUUUCAGUCGUAGCGCUUAAUUACAGAAUGAAUUAAACGUGGUUUCAGUUACUCAUGUUAAACACUCCCCGUUUCCAUCCUGCGGAGCGCCCACACACCCUAUUGCCUAACUUGACACACGAACAUGAGCCAAACCUGCUGGCAGAAACUUGCAUGACCUCACCGUAAUGCUUGCAUCAGUUAGAGCUGUUUGGAACUGUUUAUGUAAUGAUGAAUUUAUGCAUAAGUGGCUUUACUUAGCUUUAGAGCAGCUGAAUUUAGGGAAUUGAUAAGUAAAGCAUUGCUGAGAAUACAUUUGCCAUUGACCUCCACUGGGAGGGAUGUUGAAGAUUAGUUUAAAGUUGGAGGGCCAGCACCUAAACCCAUCCAUGGUAGGUUGCAUCUCCUUGGUUUUCUGGUGUGUCCUUUUAAGGGCUUUAGAUAUAGUGGAGUGUGAAAUUUGGCUGCCUGAUCACUGUGAAACAUAGAAGGAAAUUGCCUCAUCAGACAGCAUAAUCUAGACCCUCAGCUUUGGAGUACAGCCAAAAUUUUUCUUUGGAACUACUAAUCUAGUCUCUUUGAAUAACUCUAGAAGACUGAUAGCCUGAUAAUGCCCUGAUGGAGUGGCCCCAGUGACAUUUUUUCAUGCAAGAAACAUGCAUACGUACAUACAUACAUAUUUUGUAUUGAACUCUGAUCCCUCUCGCAUUGCGAUAUCUAAAUUUAUAUGUCAUGUACAAAGUUUAACAUUGAAGUAACUGAAGCCACACAUGCUACCACUUACACAUUAGGGUGGGUAGUAGCAGUGAUUUUGAUUUGGAAAAUCCGUUCCUCAAAACGGAAAACAAUGCAAACACAGAAAACAAAAGAGUAGCGCUUAUUAGCUUAACGAGGAUGACAAACAUCUGCAAAGUACUUGAUUAAUAACUUUAGUAUGUAAAUAAUGAAAUUUGGUGUUGAUUUGUUUUUAUACUGGGUGUUUCACAUUUGGCCUUUUUUCUUAAAAGAGGAAGAGGACACGCUGCGUACGGAGGCUGGGAAAGGACAAAAAACACUUUGGUUUUUGUUUGCUUGUCGUUGGCAGCAGAUAUCAUUGUAACAGGGUUUGAUCCAGAAACAGCCACGUGUUUGAAGCUAGGUUGGGUGGCCUUUUUUUGUGAAAGUGAAUCUCACUGCCAGUCACUCCUACACUCCAAGACUCAAGGUGGGACCAAGGCUACAGCAGUAUAAUCUCAAAAAUGAAAUAAGCCCCAUGAAUGGGUUUAGUGAAAGAAAUCAA